AUGCUUCGCCGAGCCUUAACCCGGGUUCCCCGAAGGGCAGCUCUCACAACUCGCGGAACACCGACUGCCAUUGCCAUCGCCCGACCACUGUCGACCACAAUCUGCAGAAUGUCUCUGCCACCCGUCCAGCCUCCGGUCUCGACCGCUCUGCCCUCCGACGCGUUCCAGCUUCUCCCCGAGACGGAAAAGGCCGGCACCGCGGAGGACGCCCUCUACGAGCAGCAGAUCAAGGAAGUCGAAGCAUGGUGGGCCAGUCCCCGGUACGAGGGCAUCAAGCGGCCUUACACGGCUGCCGAUGUCGUCUCGAAACGCGGCUCGCAGCUUCAGACCUACCCGAGCUCGCUCUCGGCCAGGAAGCUGUUCAACCUCAUUAAAGAAAAGGAGUCCAAGGGCGAGCCCAUCCACACGAUGGGCGCCAUAGACCCGGUUCAGAUGACGCAGCAAGCGCCGCACCAGGAAGUGCUGUACUUGUCCGGCUGGGCCUGCUCCUCCGUUCUCACGACGACAAAUGAAGUCUCGCCCGACUUCGGCGAUUACCCUUACAACACUGUCCCCAACCAGGUGCAGCGCAUGGCCAAGGCACAGUCGAUGCAUGACCGGAAGCAGUGGGAUCUGCGCAGGAAGCUAUCAGCCGAGGAACGCGCGAAGACGCCGUACGUGGACUACUUCAGACCCAUUAUUGCAGAUGGCGACACAGGCCACGGCGGACUCAGCGCAGUGCUCAAGCUCGCGAAACUCUUCGCAGAAAAUGGUGCCGCUGCCGUACACUUUGAGGACCAGCUUCACGGUGGCAAGAAGUGCGGACAUCUUGCAGGCAAAGUUCUCGUACCUACAGGGGAGCACAUCAACAGGCUCCUGGCCGCUCGCUUCCAAUGGGAUGUGAUGGGCUCCGAGAACCUGGUAAUUGCUCGCACCGAUUCCGAAAGCGGCAAGCUGCUUUCGAGCGCCAUCGACGUGCGAGAUCACGAGUUCAUCCUAGGCAUUGCCGAGGAGGGUAUUGCACCGCUGGCAGAGACCUUGCAGGCCAUGGAGGCAUCGGGCGCAUCGGGACCAGAGAUCGAUGCGUUCGAAGCUAGCUGGGUCAAGAAGACACGCCUGGUAACCUUUGACGAAGCUGCAGUGGAGCAGAUGAAGGCUCAGGGCGUGUCCCAGGACAAGAUCGACGCCUACACAAAGGCGGUCGAGUCCGACAGCAACCUGGGCAUCUCCAAGCGCCGCGAACUCGCCAACCAACACGUUGAAAAGCCCAUUUACUUUGACUGGGAUAUUCCGCGCACCCGCGAGGGCUUCUACCACUUCCGCGCAGGCAUGCAGGCGGCCACUAAGCGCGCGCUCGCCUUUGGCCCCUACGCGGACCUGCUCUGGGUCGAGACGGGCGACCCGAACGUCGAAGUCGCGGCUAAGCUCGGCUGCGCCGUCCGGUCCGUCUUCCCGGGCAAGGGCCUGGUGUACAACCUCUCGCCAUCCUUCAACUGGAUGUCGCACGGGUUCACCGACGAGACGCUGAAGUCGUUCAUCUGGGACAUUGCCAAGGAGGGCUUCGUGCUGCAGCUCAUCUCCCUGGCCGGCCUACACAGCACCGCAACUAUCUCCAACGAGCUCGCCAAGGAGUACAAGAAGGAUGGCAUGCUGGCGUAUGUGAAUCUGGUGCAGAGGCGGGAGAAGGAACUGGGCUGCGACGUCCUGACGCACCAGAAAUGGAGCGGCGCCAGCUACAUUGAUGGGAUCCUGGGAGCCAUCCAGAGCGGCAGCAGUGGCAGCAAGAGCAUGGGCGAGGGCAACACGGAGGGCCAGUUCCACUGA